CCCUGCUAAAACCCCAUAAGGAGAAGGCGAGAGGGAUAACCUUUGGCAUCCAUGCUGUCAGGAGCUGGACUGAGCAGCUGGCUUUGGGAAUAAAGACGGACAGUCUUAGACAGAGGCACGGGCCCUGGGAGGACUAGAUCUCCCAGAUUGCCAGUUCCCCAGAGAAGCAUUCAGCUGCCUUCUUCUUGGUGCUGGGCACAAGGAGAGCUCCUUCUCCCUGGUGUGAAUUAACCUCAUUACAGAGCUAAGAAGGAAAGGACAAGCAAUAGUAUUUUCUCAACAUCCUAGCCUCUCAUCAUGUCUGACCCCAUCACUCUGAAUGUUGGAGGAAAGCUGUAUACUACCUCCCUGUCGACCUUGACCAGUUUUCCCAAUUCCAUGCUGGGAGCCAUGUUCAGUGGGAAGAUGCCCACCAAGAAAGACAGCCAAGGCAACUGCUUCAUUGACCGAGACGGCAAGGUUUUUCGCUACAUCCUGAACUUCUUGAGAACUUCUCACCUGGACCUUCCUGAGGAUUUCCAAGAGAUGGGGCUGCUCCGGAGGGAAGCUGACUUCUACCAAGUGCAGCCUCUGAUUGAAGCACUUCAGGAAAAAGAGGUAGAGCUGUCCAAGGCCGAGAAGAACGCCAUGCUUAACAUUACCCUGAACAAGCGUGUGCAGAACAUCCACUUCACCGUCCGGGAAGCACCACAGAUCUACAGCUUGUCCUCUUCAGACAUGGAGGUCUUCAACGCCAACAUCUUCAGCACAUCCAGCCUUUUCCUGAAGCUCUUGGGUUCCAAGCUCUUCUACUGCUUCAAUGGCAACCUGUCUUCCAUCUCCAGCUACUUGCAAGACCCAAACCACCUCACUUUGGAUUGGGUGGCCAGCGUGGACGGCUUACCUGAAGAAGAAUACACUAAACAGAAUUUAAAAAGACUGUGGGUGGUGCCGGCCAACAAGCAGAUUAACAGCUUCCAAAUGUUUGUGGAGGAGGUAUUGAAAAUCGCCCUCAGCGAUGGCUUUUGUGUGGAUUCUUCCCACCCGCACCUCUCUGAUUUUAUGAAUAAUAAGAUUAUUCGAUUAAUACGGUACAGGUAGAAUGGUGCAACUUCCAGCACAUAUGCAGUCUACACGAUAACACAAGGUCAGCAGAGUGUUUCUCUUAAAGCACCAGCUAUGAAACACUCACCAGCAGUGUGAUACAGAAUCAUAUACUAAUAUGUAUUAAUCACUAAGCAGGAGUUGAUUUCCCCCCCUAUAAUGUAGCUAUCUCUAUGCCCUUUCAGAAUAUAUGUUCUCUAAUCAUAGGGAGCAUUCUUCUCCAGGUUUAUUAGGAUACCGCUAAUAUAUUAUCAGGGAUGGAGGGUCUCCCGAUACUCUUUAGAGGAGACAGCUGAUGGUCUUUAUGGCUGGGGAAAAGGAGCAUCAGACUCUCCCCAUUGGUUGCUUACCCAUCUCUACCAUUGUCUAGGACCUCAGUUAACUCAUCUGUGCUAAGGGAAAAUGCCAUGUUGGGCGCUGGGAGGGGGAGUGGAGAGGAACUAUGAAGGUUGUAAAAUCUAUUCACUGCUCCAGGAUCCUGGGAUCCAAGCGAGUUUGUCUCACCAAAGCAAGUGAAUUUCUGCAGCCCCAUAGUUAUUUACACAGAAGACCAAACAUUAUUGGCUUCAUUGGAGUUGGGUUGUAUUCAUGGAGAUUUUUUUUUUCAUCAAUAAUCUCCAGGGAAUGGGGCAGCUAGGUGGUGCAGUGGAUAGAGCAUCAGCCCUGAAGUCAGGAGGACCCAAAUUCAAAUUUGGCCUCAGACACUUAACACUUCCUAGCUGUGUGACCCUGGGCAAGUCACUUAACCCCAAUUGCCUCAGCAAAGAAUAACAAUAAUAAUAUCCAGGGAAGAAGGAGGAGGUGGGAAGAGAAUGCAGAAGUAAGUUCGAGCAGAAAACAAGCCACAAGAAUGACUUGAGUUUUGUUCUAAGCUUAGUCACAGUUUAGAACAUGGACUUUAGUCAUGGACUGUAAGACUAUUGAUUGAAGGUUCCUGGUUUUUGAGAGAGAAAAGAUGUUAUGUUAUCACAGUGUUGCUACUAGAUACCAUGAUCCAUAGUCCCCAACAAAGAGACAAACAUUCUUAUCUAUACGUCUAAAUAAGUAUAAUCCUUUCAUAGCAAGAGCCAUAUGUUCCAUCGCUAUAUAGUCUUUGCUCAAGGCUUUUUCUGAGCUUCUCUUUCAGAAUGUCCUUAAUCAAGCAAAAGUUGGAACAAAGGGUGGAAAUUACAAGAGGCCAGGUGGAAAUUUCAGUCUAGGAUAAGGAAGACCUUCCUAACAAUUGGAGCUUUGUAAAAAUGAAUGUGUUGUCUUAAUAGGGAGGGGAUUCUCUUGUCACUGGAAGUUAUGAUGUAGUUCCUAGAAACAGAAUUUCAAAGUUGACAGGGACCCCAGAGGCCAUCUAGCCAAUAUCACUUAUGAAUAAGAACCUCCACUACACAUGCCCACAAAGUGAUCAAAUAGCCUUUGUUUAAAGAUCUCCUAUAAUGAAAAAAUCACUGUUUUUCUAAGCAGCCAACUCUUAGUACAACUCUAAUGGUUAGGAAAUUUUUUCCUCACCUUGAACCUGAAUUAGCUCCAUUUUAAUUUCCAUCCAUUGGCCCUAAUUCUGGGACCAAGCAGAACAAAUCUAAUCCUUCUUUCAUAUGUGCCCCAUUAAAUACUUGAAGAUGGUUAAUAUGUUCCCCCUGAGUGUUUUCCAGAAUAAAUGUCCCCAGCCCCAAUGCUCAUGUGGCACAGUCCAGUCCUCUUGGCUUCCUCUUUGCUAUUUGGAUGUAUUCUAGUUGCCAUUGCUCCCUCUAAAAAAUGGCACUGAGCAAAAUACUCCAUCUGGGGUCUCACAUACCAUAGAGCAGUAGGACUAUUGUUUCCCUCACUAGACAUUCCAUUUCUUUGUGCUAAUCGGGCCUUGGAAAAAGGGCCAUGUUCUCUCUCUCUUAUCUCACUAAUACUACUAAGCUGGCAGAACUGGUGAUAAGUUUUAGAUUGUCAGUGGCCUUCCUCAAAUGUGGUACCCAGAACUAAACAAAAUACUCUAGAUGUCUGACCAGGGCAAAAUACGGCGGGACUUAGAUCAUCUCUUUCCUUCUGGAAACUAUGCUUCUGUGAACGCAGCCUGAAAUCAUUGGAUGUACCAUUCUCCUACAUACUGGAAAGUCAGUCCUGAUGUUUCAGUCACACCUGGGACACAUUGUUUGGGUCAGGUACAGGUCAAGAAAGCCAGGGGCGAGGGCAUCCUCCUGGCUUUGCAGGAUCCAACCGGUGAUGAGUGGUGCAAGCUGCACCCUAUGAGAUGUCACUGGGCCAGCUGCCUUAGGACCCCCAAUGGUCCUCUCAUUUUUGUGAAGGCUCAUGCAGCUGAGCUGCAAAAAACUCAAACUUGGAUCAUUCCUCUCCACGACAACAAAGCACGGGAAUCCGAGAUGCUUAAUUUGUUACUGGCUAGUGCUGGGCAAGCUAAUGGCUCCAUGGGCCCCUGGAGAAACCUAUAUAGCUGUAUUCUCUGUGGAGCACCGGGGAAAGUAUAGCUUUCUUUAUACAAUAAAUUGUAUGGCUUUAAUGCAGCACAA